AAGAACGUCCAGAUGGCCCAGACAACAGCUGCUGGCACCUCCGGAGCAGCCAGGCGAAGAUACUGGUGGCAGCUGAGACGACGAUGGAGGAUGCUAGGGGUGUUUGAGAUCAACCCAGAGCACGAGUUCUACCAUCUGACAUCCGUGAUGAAAGACGGCAUGCGUGCUUUAACUCAGGCCUCUGUGGACACAGCAGGCCAGGAUACACUCACAGCUGAACAUUUCAAAGCGGAGGAAACUCAAACCCAUGAGGGGUUUGAGAUACAGACGUUUGCCGCACCAGUGUUUGCUAAACUCAGGCGUUCGUUGGACAUCACAGAGGAGGAAUACAUGAACUCCCUCUGCUUAGGUGGCUGCUACCUCCAGUUCGUCAGCAACUCCAAAAGCAAGGCGGAUUUCUUUGUCACGAAUGACAAGAGGUUCUUCCUGAAGACCCAGAGCAGGCGCGAGGUCAGGUUCCUCCUGUCCAAUCUGCAGGCGUAUAUGGACCACCUGGAGAAAUACCCUCAUUCAUUGAUGGUGAGAUUUCUAGGUGUCCACAGGAUUGUCAUUCCGAAUCAAAUAAAGAAGUACUUCAUUGUGAUGCAGAGUGUGUUUUACCCCGAUGAGAGGAUCAAUAUUAGAUACGACAUUAAAGGCUGUGAGGUGGGUAGAUGGACGAGCCCUGACACAGGGGGAAAACAAAUAAUAAAAGUGUUGAAGGACAAUAACUUUGAAGGACAGAGCAUUGUAUUAGGUCAAGAGAAGUCCUGGUUUGCCAAUCAAGUGAAGGCGGAUGCUGCCUUUCUUCAAGAGCUUAAUGUGCUGGACUACAGUCUCCUGCUGGCUCGACAACCACUGCACCAAGAUGAGCUCGAUGGGAAACACUCAUUGGCAAAUAUUGUUAUUCGUGCCACAAAGUCUGUGGACUUGGAUGUCAGCCCCACUGGGUCAGACCCUUCCACCAUUCCACUACUGGGUGAGGGGGCACCAGAUACUACAGACCGUGGGUCAGCUGAGGGCACAAGUGAAGGGAUCCCCCUCCAGGAGAUCACCUGCCCUGUGGAAGAGACCAGGACUGACUCAGUACUGCAGGAAUUCCACGAGCAUCAUCACAGACUACUGCCCAACUGCAAAAAUGCUAUUCAUGUGAUCGAUGGGCCAGACCAUCGCUACUUCGUGGGCAUCAUAGACAUUUUUACCGUCUACAACUGGAAGAAAAAACUGGAGAACCUGUGGAAAAGCGUCCAUUUCCCAGGCAGGGCUUUUUCCACAGUUAGACCCAACAAGUACUCACGGAGGUUCAGCCAGUGGAUACAGGACCACACUCAAUGACAAAAUGCAGAAUAUAUUCAUCACUUGCUGUAUGACCCCCAGUGUCCACUGGAUGGAGUGUGACUCGUUCUGGCUCUGUCACAGGUGCUGCAGAUAAUUUGCUGUCAUGCCAGGUCUGUUUCUGCAGGAGCAGCUCGUGUCUCUGAAGUGUGAAAUUCAUUUUGAUUACAUAUACUGUAAAUACCUAUAAUCACAGUGUGAAUUAUACAAUGAUAAUCAGGGCAGUCAACUAUUUCUCCAGGGUGAAAGGGAACCCAGUACAGUGCAGGCAGAGCUUCAGUGAACUUUGGUGUUGGGCACACAUGUAUUUUAAUAUUGUUCAAUCCAACCAGGUAAAACUGGAUUUCUGAGUGAAGACAAAGAGGGUGUCUAUUAUAAAAACUAAUGUUAAAGGUAAAAGAUGAACUAAACCAACACACCAAAUGAAAUAAUAGACUCUAUAUUGAUGUCAAAACGUAGCUACAACUAAUCUGCCACUGUCUCACUGCACAUG